GCCGACCAAUCGCGACGCCUCGCACCCGGAUGUGCUUGCCGGCUCUGAAGCCCAUCUGUGGCAAGUGUGAGGGGCUCCGCACGUGGGCUGGCACGGGCAGCCGGCGGGACGGGUGACCGUGUGUUUGCUUCAGUGUGUCGUGCGUGGGGCUGGCGUGUAAGCGCCAUCUCCUUGGGUUUUGAGCGGGGCAAAAAAAUCAGUGUGGUCGUUAGUCGGGGAAAGAAUUCCACCGAGGGUGCGGGCACCAGCGUGCGUGGAAGCGCAUCCGAUGGUACCUCAGCGGGACUAGGAGAGCAGAGCCAGGCGGACGGUGAGACUAUGAACCUCUUACCGAAGAGCUCCAAGGAGUUUGGCUCCGUGGACUAUUGGGAGAAGUUCUUCCAGCAGCGAGGAAGGAAGGCUUUCGAGUGGUACGGAACCUACCUGGAGCUGUGCGGAGUACUGCACAAAUACAUCAAACCCAGGGAGAAGGUGCUGGUGAUUGGAUGCGGUAACUCAGAGCUGAGUGAGCAGCUGUAUGACAUGGGCUAUCAGGAUAUAGUGAACAUCGACAUCAGUGAGGUGGUCAUCAAGCAGAUGAAGGAACGCAACGCCAGCCACCGGCCCCAGAUGAGCUUCUUGAAGAUGGACAUGACCCAGAUGGAGUUUGCCGAUGCUUCAUUCCAGGUGGUGUUGGACAAGGGCACCCUGGACGCUGUCCUGACAGACGAGGAGGAGAAGACCCUGCUACAAGUGGACAGGAUGUUGGCUGAGGUUGGCCGUGUCCUGCAGGUGGGCGGUCGCUACCUCUGCAUCUCCCUGGCUCAGGCUCACGUCCUGAAGAAAGCAGUGGGUCACUUCUCUCGGGAGGGGUGGAUGGUGAGGGUGCACCAGGUGGCCAGCUGCCAGGACCAGGUGUUGGAAUCAGAACCUCGGUUCUCCCUGCCUGUGUUUGCCUUCGUCAUGACCAAGUUCAGGCCAGGCCCUGGCUCUGCCCUUCAGAUCUUUGAGCUGUGUGCCCAGGAGCAGGGCAAGCCCAUACGGCUGGAGAGUGCCGAGCGGCUGGCUGAGGCAGUGUGGCAGCGGCAGCAGUAUGCCUGGCUGCGCAGCCGGCUGUGCCGCAAGGCCGGGCUGGGGAGUGUCUCUCUGGACUUGUGUGAUGGGGCCACGGGGGAGCCACGCUACACCCUCCACGUGGUGGACAGCCCCACUGUGAAACCAUCGCGGGACAAUCAUUUUGCCAUUUUCAUCAUCCCCCAGGGUCGGGAGACCGAAUGGCUCUUUGGCAUGGAGGAGGGUCGGAAGCAGCUGGCGGCCAGUGCAGGCUUCAGGAGGCUGAUCACAGUGGCCCUUCACCGAGGCCAGCAGUAUGAAGGCAUGGACAGCAUCCAGGCCGAGCUGUCAGCCAGAGUACUGGAGCUGGCCCCUGCCGGGAUGCCUACCCAGCAGCAGGUGCCCUUUCUGUCUGUGGGUGGGGACAUUGGGGUCCGGACCGUUCAGCAUCAAGCCUGCAGUCCUUUGAGUGGCAACUACGUCGUUGAGGAUGUGCAGGGGGAUGACAAGCGCUACUUCCGGCGGCUGAUCUUCCUCAGCAACAGGAAUGUGGUGCAGUCAGAAGCUAGGUUGCUGAAGGACGUGUCCCACAGAGCCCAGAAGAAACGGAAAAAGGACAGGAAGAAGCAGCGGCCUGCUGAAACUCUGGAGGACCUCCCUGCAGCCCCAGGGCAGUCCAUUGACAAGAGUUACCUGUGCUGUGAACACCACAAAGCAAUGAUUGCUGGCCUUGCCCUGCUGAGAAGCCCGGAGUUGCUCCUAGAGACCCCAUUGGCAUUGUUGGUGGUCGGCCUGGGUGGGGGCAGUCUCCCCCUGUUUGUCCACGAUCAUUUCCCGAAGUCCUGCAUUGACGCUGUGGAGAUCGACCCCUCCAUGUUGGAAGUGGCCACCCAGUGGUUUGGCUUCUCCCAGAGCGACCGGAUGAAGGUCCACAUUGCAGAUGGCCUGGACUAUAUCUCCAGCCUGGCAGGAAGAGAAGUGCGGCCCCACUACAACGUCAUCAUGUUUGACGUAGACAGUAAGGACCCAACACUGGGAAUGAGUUGUCCACCACCGGCUUUUGUGGACCAGAAUUUCCUGCAGAAGGUCAAAAGCAUCUUGACUCCUGAAGGUGUCUUUAUCCUCAACCUUGUGUGCCGAGACUUGGGGCUGAAGGACUCCGUGCUGAGCGGGCUCAAGGCGGUAUUCCCUCUCCUGUAUGUCCGGCAAAUUGAAGGUGAAGUAAACGAGAUCUUGUUCUGUCAGCUGCACCUGGAGCAGAAACUUGCCACACCAGAGCUCUUAGAAAUGGCCCAGGCCUUGGAGCAGACCCUGAGGAAGCCAGGGAGGGGUUGGGAUGACACAUAUGUACUGUCAGAUAUGCUCAAGACUGUGAAGAUUGUGUGAUUGCCGAGGCCGGGAAGUCUGCUCAGCUUCCUGCCAGACUGACCUUGGGCUCCUGGCCUGCGAGAGACCGAAGAGGUACAAUGCACAAUAUUUUUUAAGCCUCAUAUUUUUCUUGGUUUCAUACGCAGCUGCACACGACCUCCAGCUUGGCAAGGUUGCCUGAAGAUCUGGGAAAAUAAAAAAUGUCCUUCCCA